AUGUUCAUAUCGAAGGCACGCUUACACCCUCUUUGCGCUGGGACCUGGCCCACCGCAACAACGUACCCCCUCCCAUACGCCACCUUCGAAGAAUUGCAAGCCUCCUACGCAGUAACCCUCAACCACCGCCCCGAGCUAAAUGGUCGCCAACCAGGCAUCCCAACCUUCCUAGAAGCAUAUUUUGCCGGGUGCGAAGUUCUGCGCACAGAAACCGAUUUCUAUGAUCUAGCCAUGGCGUAUCUGCGCCGCUGUGCAGAUAUGAACGUGCGCUACACCGAGCCCUUCUUCGACAUCCAGGCGCACACACGCCGCGGCGUCCCCGCAGCCGCCGUUAUGGACGGGUAUCUGCGCGCGAAACACGACGCCGUCGCACAGCUUGGUGUGCAUUCGCGCUGGAUUCUGUGCUUCUUGCGCGACGAGCCCGUGGAGCAGGGCCUUGAUGCUUACCGUGAGGCUCGGCCGUGGGCUGCUGGGACCGUCGAUGGCGGGAAGGGGCUGUUCCAUGCUGUUGGGUUAGCGAGUAAUGCGUACGAGAGGCCGCCUAUGCUUUUUGAGGAGGGGUUUGCGCUGGCGCGUGCAGAUGGACUGCAUGUUACUAUGCAUUGUGAUUUUGGGCAGAAGGAUACGCGGGAACACGUUACUGAGGCUAUUUUUGAUGUUUGUGGCGGGAAGGGAGCGGAGAGGAUUGAUCAUGGGUUGGAUGCGGAGGAUUCUGAGGAGUUGUGGAAGGGACUGGUGGAUAGGGGGAUUGGGUUGACUUUGUGUCCGCAUGCUUAUCAUCGGAGGACGGCGACUGAGGUUUUGUUUCCGAAGAUUCGGAGGUUGGUGGAGAGGGGGGUGAAGAUUUGUAUUAAUAGUGAUGAUCCGACUUUGAUGCAUGAUGUUUGGAUUGAUGGGAAUUUGCAGAAGGUUUAUAGCUAUUGUGGGUUUACUCGGGGGGGGAUGGUGCAGCUUGCGAGGAAUGCGGUGGAUAUGUGUUGGGCUGAGGAGGAUGUCAAAAUGGCUAUCUAUAAAGAACUAGAUAGUAUUGAUAUUUGUGAAUAA